UCAUAUUCACAUUUCAUUGUUAUGGCUAUGGCUUCUAAGCUUCAGCUCAUAGGGAUGCUCAUCUUCUUCCUCAUAAGCUUGUUGGCUCUUACAAAACCAACAAUGGCAAAUGAUGUUGAUGACAUACCUGUAGAUUUUGAUCGUAGUUACUUUCCAGAUGACUUCAUUUUUGGAACAGCCACUUCUGCCUAUCAGAUUGAAGGAGCUGCAAAUAUAUCGGGCAAAGGACCUAGUGUCUGGGACACAUUUACCCACGAAUAUCCUGAGAGGAUAAGAGAUAAUAGUAAUGGAGACGUCGCAGUUGAUUUCUAUCAUCGCUAUCGAGAGGAUAUACAAAAUGUCAAGAAUAUGGGUUUUAACGCUUUCAGAUUUUCCAUUUCGUGGUCUAGAGUUAUACCCAGUGGGAGAAGACGAGAAGGAGUAAAUGAAGAAGGGAUUGAAUUCUACAAUAGAGUUAUUAACGAAACAAUAAAACAAGGUCUACAACCUUUUGUUACCAUUUUUCAUUGGGAUACCCCUCAAGCUCUAGAGGAUAAAUAUGGUGGUUUUUUAAGUCGUAAUAUUGUAGAAGAUUUCCGUGAAUAUGCUGAUCUCCUCUUUCAAAGAUUUGGUGAUCGAGUAAAGCAUUGGAUGACUUUUAAUGAACCAUGGGCUCUUAGUGGAUUCGCCUAUGAUGAUGGACUUUUUGCCCCUGGUCGAUGCUCAUCUUGGGUGAAUAAUCAAUGUCGUGCUGGAAACUCAGCCACUGAACCUUACAUAGUUGCUCACCAUUUGCUACUUUCUCAUUCCAAAGCUGUACAAGUAUAUAGAAAAAAAUAUCAGACAACUCAAAAAGGCAAGAUUGGAAUAACGCUUUUCACCUUCUGGUUUGAGCCUCUCUCCAAUAGAAGAAUUGAUAUAGAAGCAUCCAGAACGGCCCUUGAUUUCAUGUUUGGAUUGUGGAUGGAUCCUUUAACUUAUGGUCAAUAUCCAAAAUCUGUGCAAAAUUUAAUUGGAGAUAAAUUGCUUAAUUUUACUAAUAAAGAAACUCAAUUACUUAAAGGAUCAUAUGAUUUUAUUGGACUACAAUACUACACUUCAUAUUAUGCAAAACCAAACGCUUCAAUUCAUUCAGAUCGUGUAAGAUACAAAACUGACAGUAACAUCACUGAAACUCCUUAUGAUUAUGACGGCAAUCUUAUUGGUCCACAGGCUUACUCACCUUGGUUUUACAUUUAUCCGAAAGGCAUACGACAUUUAUUGAAUUACACGAAAGAUAGAUAUAACAAUCCAGAAAUUUAUAUUACUGAGAAUGGGGUUGAUAAUGUUAAUGAUGAAAACCAACCUAUUGAAGAAGCGCUUAAAGAUGAAUUCAGGAUAGAUUAUUACCGAAAGCAUAUGUGGAAUACUUUGGGAUCUCUCAAGGAGUACGAUGUUAACAUUAAAGGAUAUUUUGCAUGGUCGUAUUUGGACAAUUUUGAAUGGAACAUUGGUUAUACUUCAAGAUUUGGUCUAUACUACGUGGAUUACAAAAAUAAUCUAACAAGAAUAGCUAAGCAAUCAGCAAUUUGGUUCACGAAAUUCCUAAAUCCAUCAAACUAGAUCAUGGAUCGAAAUUAGAGAUACAUUAUUAUUAUUCUUUUUAUAAGUUAGAAUUAAAUUAAUUAUUUAAAAUGUCUUGUAAUAAAAUUUUGAUGAUGCCUUGAAUUCCAGGCAUGCCUUUGUUGUAAUUCUUUGAAUAAAUAUUUUACAUUAUUCUUUUUA